GAUUAGACAUUCUUAUGAUAUAUGGCAACAAAAAUUUGAUUUUAUUUCCAUCAUUUACACUUUCAAAAUAACAGAAAACAAAAAAAUGGCAUCUGCAAAAGUUUGGGCACCCUGCAAAGUUAAUAUCUUGUACUGCCCCCUUUGGCAAGUAAGGCUGGGUUCACACUACGUUUUUCAAGUACAGUUCCCGUAUACGUUUUCAUUAUUGAAAACGUAUGGAACCGUAUUGCAAAACGUAUACAUAGACAAACAAUUAAAAACCGUAUGCGCCCAGGUGCAUCCGGUUGCGGACGUUUUGCUUGCAAUAUGUUUUUAAACCGUACUCAAAACUGUGGUUGACCACGGUUUUGUCUCAAAGUUAAAAACCGUAUUGCAACAGCAUACCUUUUUUUUUAACAUGGAAGUCAAUGGGAAACGCACAAGUAUACUGUUCCAUACAUGAAAAACGCAUAAGUUUUUACUUUGCACAUGCGCAUUUGCAUCCUAAAGUCCUCCCCCAACACCCCUCCCACCACACACCCUCCUUCCAGAAGUCUGCAGACGAUUUAGUACAUGCCCAGACGAUCACCACAGAGCCAGUGAGCCAUCUUUGUACACCUCUUCUAAGUGUUUUAGGUGAGUAAACGACAGCCAUUUUCUUUUUAAACGUUGUAUUAACCCUGUAUAGUGUCAUGCAGCCAUCUUGGUACACCUUACAUGCUUUUACAUGUGAUUUUAGGGCUUCCAUUGUGAUUAAAUAUGCUGUAUUUAACCUAAUACUAGCUGUUAUGCCCUAUAUGUUUUUGAUUGCAUGUAUCUCCCCUUUAUCAUAUAAUGCAUAGAUCACCCCAGCAAUAUUUUACCAAAGUUCACCCCCUACAUUAAGGUGUAAAAAAGGAUACAGGGUUGUUUUUUUUAACAGGGUGCCUUUUGCUAUUGUUAAUCUACAACUCCCAGCAUACCUGUUUAUUCUUUGGUUACGUUGAUAUACUGGUAGUUGUAGUUUUGCAACAGCUGGAGGCACCAAGGUUGGGAAACAGCCUCCUUAAUGUUUUCUCAAUAUCCCUAUAUUUUUUAUAUCCUUGCUUUUUAAUUUUUGAUUCCCAAUAGGCCUGUGGUUUAACCUAUUAAGGACCGGGGGUUUUUCCGUUUUUGCAUUUUCGUUUUUUGCUCCUUGCCUUUAAAAAAUCAUAACUCUUUCAAUUUUCCACCAAAAAAUCCAUAUUAUGGCUUAUUUUUUGCGCCACCAAUUCUACUUUGUAAUGUCGUCAGUCAUUUUGCCCAAAAAUCUACGGUCAAACGGAAAAAAAAAAUCAUUGUGCGACAAAAUUUUAAAAAAGACGCAAUUUUGUAAAUUUUGGGGGCUUGCGUAUCUACGUAGUACAUUUUUCGGUAAAAAUGACACCUUAUCUUUAUUCUGUAGGUCCAUACGAUUAUAAUGAUACCCUACUUGUAUAGGUUUGAUUUUGUCGAACUUCUGGAAAAAAUCAUAACUACAUGCAGGAAAAUUGAUACGUUUAAAAUUGUCAUCUUCUGACCCCUAUAACUUAUUUAUUUUUCCGUGUAUGGGGCGGUAUGAGGGCUCAUUUUUUGCGCCGUGAUCUGAAGUUUUUAACGGUACCAUUUUUGCAUUGAUAGGACUUAUUGAUCGCUUUUUAUUCAUUUUUAAAUUAUAUAAAAAGUGACCAAUAAUGCACUAUUUUGGACUUUGGAAUUUUUUUGCGCAUACGCCAUUGACCGAGCAGUUUAAUUAACUAUAUUUUUAUAUAACUCGGAAAUUUCCGCACGCGGUGAUACCAUAUAUGUUUUUUUAUUUUUUUUUACACUGUGGUUUUUUUUAUGGGAAAAGCGGGGUGAUUCAAAGGCAGGUAGGGGCCCUUCCGCUGUCCUGUAAGCUCUUCGGGAUGCCGCGAUUUCGCCGCGGCUAUCCCAAACAGUCCAAUGAGUUAACCGGCAGCUUUUACUUUCACUUUUAGCCACGCGGCUCAGCUCUGAGCGCACGGCUAAAGGGUUAAUAGCGCACAGCGCCGCGAGCUAUUAGCAGCAGGUCCCGGCUUCACUAUGACGCCGGGCCCGCCGUGAUAUGAUGCGGGGUUACCGUGUAACCCCGCGUUAUAUCACGGGAGCAGGACCAAGGACGUACCUGUACGCCCUUGGUCCUUAAGGGGUUAAAUUAGCUACAGCAUACCGCAAAAAUUUAGCAAAAUAUGUUGUGAUGGAAUGAAAAUUUUUAAUAGACAACUCCAUUUUUAUAGAUAUGGCUAUUUUAAUGAAUUAUGAGUUUUAUAUGAAUGUAUAUAGUGGGAUGAUGUGUUUGCUUCAUGUUUGUGAUUUAAAAAAAAAAAAAUAAUGUGGUAUAUAAUAUUUUGGUUUAUUUUUUUUUAGAUUGUGAAAGAUGUCAUCCUCCGAAUCUGACACAGAUACCUCCUCCCAUUUUAUCGCUACUCCAAGCCCAGAUCUUCCCGAUCUCAUAUUAACGGAGAGCCCAGCAGUGUCUCCUAGCAGUCAGGUGACUACACCUACGCUAUUGACCGAUGAUACUAAAAAAGAAAAGGACAUAGAGGAGACCAUGACACAAAAUUUGUCCACGAGUGAGGAUACUGCUAGUUCGAGGUCAAAAACCUCAAGGAAGCGGACCCAAAAGAAUCCUGCAACAGAAAAAUCCUCCAGCAAGAAAUCUAAGAAAACCAAAGACAUAGCAUAUCAAGUGGACCCAUCAGCGUUCCUCACAGAGGAUGUUAUUCACUAUGUCCAAGAAAGGCCAUGCCUAUGGGAUAAAUCUCAUCCUAAGCAUCACGACAAUAUAUGUACAAGGAGAAGAUGGGAGGAGAUUUAUCUCAAACUAUUUCCAGAUUUCUUAAGAUAUAAUAACAGUCUUCAAGAGGCCAUAGCUAUCCACAUAGAGAAACGCUGGCGGUCAGUCUGAGACAGCUUUUUUAAGUGGCUACGGGACUCAAAUUUACCAAGUGGCUCUGCUGCAAAACGGACUACCUACAAGCACGCUGAACGGCUGUUGUUCCUGCAA